CAUUUGGUUGUUGGGCUGGGGUCCCAGCAGCUGCAGGCGGACUAACAGGUGCACAUUCCACAAUGCCUAGUCACUUCCCCUGCCACUUGAUCCCAGUUCACUUGAGCCAGGGAGUCAGCCUUAGAGAGAGCAGAGAGGCAGUGGCAAAACCAUGAUUCCAAGAGUGCUGCUGCUGGGAACCCUAGGGAUCCUGUUCUCCAUGAACGGGGCAAGAGGCACCUUGGCGGAAGGUCAACUCCUGGAAAAGCUUUUCUCCGGUUAUGAUAACUCUGUGAGGCCCGCACGGGAUCUUGGGGACCGCGUGCCGGUUAGCAUCGGCCUAACCCUAACACAGAUCAUCAGUUUGAACGAGAAAGACGAGGAGUUAAUCACCAAAGUGUAUGUGGAUCUGGCAUGGACAGAUUACAGACUGAGCUGGAAUCCUGCGGAACAUGAGGGGAUAGACUCACUGAGGAUUGCUUCGGAUUCUGUGUGGCUCCCGGAUGUAGUGCUCAUGAACAACAAUGAUGGAAACUUUGAUGUCUCUCUAAAUAUCCAUGUGUUGGUAACUUCAGACGGCUCAGUGCAUUGGCUGCCCCCUGCUGUUUACCGAAGCAGCUGUAGUAUCCAGGUCACCUACUUCCCUUUCGACUGGCAGAAUUGCACUAUGGUCUUCAGUUCUUACAGUUAUGACAGCACUCAGGUCAGCCUGAGCCCAGGGCUUGGUCUGGAUGGACAGCAGAGGAAUGAGAUAUACAUCCAUGGGGGAAAUUACAUUGAGAAUGGCCAGUGGGAAAUAAUCCAUAAAUCCUCAAGACUGAAUGGCCCCUCGGGAGGACAAGGAGGCAAGGAAGGAGAGCGCCACGAUGUCACCUUCUAUCUCAUCAUUCGAAGGAAGCCACUCUUCUACCUCGUCAAUGUCAUAAUUCCCUGUGUACUCAUCACUCUCCUUGCCAUUUUUGUCUUCUAUCUGCCCCCAGAUGCUGGAGAGAAGAUGACACUGUCCAUCUUUGCCCUGCUGACCCUGACAGUGUUCCUGCUGCUGCUGGCCAGUAAGAUUCCUGAGACAUCACUGGCUGUUCCCAUUAUCGUCAAGUACCUGAUGUUCACUAUGAUAUUAGUCACCUUCUCAGUUAUACUCAGUGUUGUUGUCCUCAACUUGCAUCACCGAUCUCCUCAUACCCACCAAAUGCCCCUUUGGAUCUGUCAGAUCUUCAUCCACAAACUCCCCUGGUACUUGGGAAUGAAGAGGCCAAAGGUGGAAAGAACACUGAGGCCUGAUCCUCCAGUCCUGGCACUUAAGGACUUUCCAAGCAGUGGCUGGGGUCGAGCCACAGACGAAUAUUUCAUCCGAAAGCCUCCAGGGGAUUUCUCUAAAACCAACAGGUAUCAACCUGAACUUUCGCCUCCGGACCUUCGGCGUUUUAUCAAUGGGGAUCCAAGCGGGAGUCGGAGGCUGCCCCCGGAGCUACGGGAGGUAGUGACCUCCAUAAGCUACAUCGCUCGGCAGUUGCAAGAGCAAGAGGAUUACGAAGACCUGAAGGAGGAUUGGCAAUAUGUGGCUAUGGUGGUGGACCGCCUCUUCUUGUGGACCUUCAUCAUUUUCACCAGCGUGGGAACACUCUUUAUUUUCCUAGAUGCCUCCUAUCACCUGCCCCCUUCCGAACCCUUCCCCUAAAUCGACCCUGAUCCCUAAGAGUGGCCGAUGUGGAAUAUACCCGCAGGAGCCCUAUGCCUACCUAGAUUGUCUUCCCCUUAGUUUACUUGGUCGGGAUCCAGUACCCACCCCUCCCCCCCAAUUAAAAACUCCCUAGAAGUGCCUCAGUCUUGUGUUUUCUAUAAAUCCUACUUGCCUGCUCAAUCUUUAUGUGUACAUGUGCUUAAUAAAUAUGUUCUAAAUUGUA